CCUAGUUGGUGCUGAAGGAGUGCCUUUGACUCACUGUUGAGCAGCUGACUCAAAUUGUUUGUUUAUUUAUUUUACGUUCUAAACAGAGUCCAGUGAAAGGCAAUAUAAAGAAUAUAACGUGUUUUUAAUUUCUGCAAUGCCUCUCUUUACAACGAAUCCAUUUGACCACGAUGUUGAGAAAGCAACCAGUGAGAUGAACACAGCUGAGGACUGGGGACUUAUACUGGAUAUCUGUGACAAAAUAGGGCAGUCUCGCACAGGGCCCAAAGAAAGCCUAAGGUCCAUUAUGAGACGUGUGAACCACAAGGAUCCUCACGUAGCUAUUCAAGCACUGACACUUCUAGGAGCAUCUGUAUCAAACUGUGGCAGAAUCUUUCAUCUAGAAGUUUGUUCGAGAGAUUUUGCCAGUGAAGUUAGCAAUGUUUUAAAUAAGGGUCAUCCGAGGGUCUGUGAAAAAUUAAAAGCCCUAAUGGUAGAAUGGGCAGAAGACUUCAAGAAUGACCCACAGCUUAGUCUGAUAUCAGCAAUGAUAAAAAACCUAAAGGAGCAAGGAGUAGCAUUUCCAACAGCAGGCUCUCAGGCAGCAGACCAGGCAAAAGCAAGCCCUGCUUUAGUAGCUAAGGACCCCACAACAGCAGCAACUAAAAAGGAAGAGGAGGACCUGGCAAAAGCUAUCGAGUUAUCGUUAAAAGAACAAAGGCCACAGCAGCAAGGCCUCAUCAGCCUGUAUCCUUGUGCCUCGAGCCUUGUAACAAACACGAAAUCCGAGGGCCGAAAAGUGCGAGCGAUUUACGACUUUGAAGCUGCUGAGGACAAUGAGCUGACAUUUAAAGCGGGGGAAAUCAUCACAGUUCUUGACGACAGUGACCCAAACUGGUGGAAGGGUGAAACAUAUCAAGCAAUCGGUUUAUUUCCUUCAAACUUUGUGACCGCAGACCUUACUGCAGAGCCUGACAUGAUCAAAACAGAGAAGAAAACAGUGCAAUUUAGUGAUGAGGUCCAAAUAGAGACAUUGGAACCUGAACCAGAGCCAGCGUAUAUUGAUGAAGAUAAAAUAGACCUGUUGCAACAAAUGUUACAAAGUGCAGACCCUACGGAUGGUCAGCCAGAAUCCCCUGAACUACUGCAUCUUGAGGGUGCCUGCCAUCAAAUGGAACCUAUGAUUGAUCAGAAGCUUGAAGACAUUGAUAGGAAACACUCUGAACUGUCAGAACUGAACGUAAAGGUGAUGGAGGCCCUUUCACUAUAUGCAAAACUAAUGAAUGAAGACCCUGUGUAUGCCAUGUAUGCUAAGCUGCAAAGCCAGCAAUAUUAUAUGCAACAGCCUGCUUCAGCCGUUUCACAGGUUUACCCUGGACAAGCACAAAGCAGUGCAUAUGUAGUAAAUGCUGGUGCUCAAAUUGGACCAGUACAGGGCUACAGUAUUCCACAAGAACAGCAGCCAUCCUUGAACCAAGGAGCACUUCCACCAAACUCAGGAGCUGCCCUGACCAGCCAGCCAACUCCGAGCGCCUACACAAACAGCACUUUGCUAAAUUCAGGACCAGGAGGCACAUAUAUGAACCAGCCUCCUGUCUACAGCCCACCUGCUCAUGCAGCUGCUGGUGUUGACAUGUCUGCAUACCCAAAUACUGCCACCAAUGUGUCCCAGAUGCCAAACUACACUGUUGCCUCCACAAGCCUUCCCCAACAAGCAGACAGCCAACAGCAAUCUCAUUGCUCAUCAAAGACGCUGCUAUAGGACCUCAGACUUUGAGCAUUCCUUAUCUAGAUCAGCUUCUGCUAGACAUCCUACUGUAGACCUUACUUUUAAUUUACGGCAGUCAUGCUUUGGCCCUCCAUUCUCUAGACAUUGGGACAAAGAGUUAACAACAACUCUACCACAUCACAAUAUCACAAUGACUGUUUAAAACUGCUUUAUUUUUUAAAGGACUUUAUUUUUUUCCAGAGAGCGAUGAUUAUUUUUUUCUCUGUAAAAUUCUUGUUAUUAUAAUUUUAUGAUUAAUAUUUAAUGCCAGGUGCAUCUGGCUAAACUGUAAAAGUUUAAACAUUGCGUUGCAAAUAUUGUACAUAUAUUGGGGAUGCGAUUUUCAUUAGGAGUCAGUUUGGCUUGCCAUAGUGAUCAUGUUGGCACCUUUCAGUGUUAUAUUUGCAGCAUAAAAAUGUAUGAAGAGCUAGGUAUUAUGUUUUUGUAGUGUAUUUUAAUCUGUGUGUGUGUAUAUUAUUUGUGUCUACAUAGUCCAAUUAUUCUUUUAAACUAUGCUGUAUUUUAUGUAUAAUCUUCCUUGUGAAACUGGAUGUUUAUCAUGACACUACAGGAAGACCCAUGCUUUACUGUAGAAACUUGAGUAAAUCCUAAAAUUAAAUAUUUAAAUUGCAAUGAGCACUAAUAGAGAAUUAUUCUGUCAUUGGAAUAAGGCUGAGGUAUAAGUUUUAAAUAUUUAGUUUUGUGUUUUUAAAUGUCUAUCUUCGGUCCAGGAAGUUAUUGUACGUUGUGUUCAGCUGUUUGUCUUUGCGUUAAGCCAGCCUUUGCUGUGUAGUUGUAAAGCUGGACUUCUAGAUAAGCAAGGGAAUCAUUAUACCAUCCAUAAUACUGUACUCAUCCAUAAGACAGUUAAAACAACAAAAGGAAAGAUGCUUUGAAGGGAACUGACAAAAGGAAAUGAAACCGCAGUGUAUGACAGUAAAUGUUAAUACAAUGUGGUUUUCCUAUUGAUGCAUUACUAAACACAUACUGCUUUAGCAUCUUGACCAUGAGUGCAUUAUUCCUUUUGACCAAUGGGAGUACUGUUGUGAAUUUCCUGCAUUUAUAAUUGUAUAUGUAUAUUUAAGUAACAUGUGUUGUGAUGCUUCAUAUGAUCAAAGACCAUAAUGUUGUGUUUUUUUGCAAUGUAAGUGAAACACAUUAUUGUAGAUGCUAGUUAAACACAUAUCUCAGCCUUUUAGCAUAGUUUGUGUAGGUACUAAAGACAGCAGAAUUAUGACUUGACUUUUGACCAACGAUACUGGGAAGUAGGAAUGUUCUUUUAAGACAUGUACCUGAAAAUGUACUGCAUGUGUUCAAUUACAGAAUAUAUUGAUCACUGUCAACAGAACUGUUUAUGACAAGUAAUGCUGCUUUUUAGGUUUGACAUUUUGGUUUUUAUGUUUUGUUUGUCGAGGACAAUAUUUUCUAUAUACUUUACUUUAUAUUACUGUAUAGUGUUUUUACAGCGUAUUGGCCAUGUAUCUUCCUGCCCAGUAAUAUGAAUACAUAAACUCCCUUCUGAGCUUAAGUAUCAAGCAUCAAAGUUGUCAUUGUUUGAGAGGUCACAAUGACUUACCAGAUAUACACAUUGACAGUAAAACUCAAUUUAUCUUGUAUAGUAUACACUGUAGAAGGGAAGUUUGAUUGGUAGCACACUGACAGCAGGUACUGACAGUUGUUUGUGAAAUGAAAUGUUAAAAUAUGUAAUACAUAAAAAUACAGUACUCUUCAAACCAAGGCCUCUCGGGUUUUAAUUUGACCAGGUUAACGGUCAAGUCUGAAAAUAGUGCAGUCUGGAAAUGAAUGUUAGAGGAAAUAAAGAAGUCUCUAUACA